AUGGGCUGGCCGGGCAUACGCGCCUCGCUCGCUGCGGGCGGCGGCGCGGGUGGCAAGGAGGCGGGUGGCGAGGAGGCGGAGGCUGUGGAGGCGGGGGGCAAGGCUGGCGCGGAGUUUGUCUUGAGGCUGCCCGGCGCCCUGCUGCGGCUCAAGUCCUCCCUGCUCACCGCGGAGCACCGCGUCGUCUCGUGCGCCUUCCUGCAGCUGGGAGGGCUCGGCGCAGGCCUGUGCGACAUCGGCUCGGCGGAGGCGGCGCAAGAGGCGCUCCUCACCGUGCAGCGCGCCGCCGCCGCCUUCAAGGUCGCGCUGCUGCGCACGAUCGUCGACGACAAGGGCGUGCGCUGCCUCCUUGCCGGCGGCGUCCCUGGCUUCGCUGCCGAGGACGACGCGUGGCGCGCCGUGUCAUUGAGCCGCGACAGGUGA